AAGCAUUGGUUCAAUACGGAAAGUGUACGAAGAACCAUUUGUGCAUUACGGAAAGAAGCUGGGUAGCCUCGUGGAACGGAACAAAGCACAAACACGCUCUUUUAUUUUGAUGGGAGAAAAUGUUCCAAACCACCUUGCUCUUGGCAUCACUUCUACUGCCAAGUGA